GCACGGAUUCGAUUGCGAGGUUACGCCUGCGCCGCCGCGCCGCCACCAAGCUCAAGCUAGACACUGAACACCUGCUUUUAACACGUGAAAACAUGAUGGCUGAAAGCGAGCCAGAUCCUGUCAUUGAAGAGGUAGAUGUUUACCUCUCAAAGGAGUUGGCUGAAAAUUUGUAUUGUUUUCAGUAUCCAGUUCGUCCCAAUCACAUGUCCUAUGAUGACUUUGAAUACACAUCAGCUCGGAUCAAACCUAAACAGAAAAAGUUGGAGCUUGAACUGUUUCUGGACACUCACAGUGAUCACUAUGCCAAAAGUAAAGGAGAACAAAUUGCUCUUAAUGUAGAUGGAAUGAACAGCACUGAGAAUAGAUCAUUCAUGAGUAAUAAGAUGGACCGCCAGAUGCUGACUUCGACCAACUCGCUGGAUUCCAUGGCUAAAUAUGCUGUAGGAGUCUUGAAAAGAGGUGAGCUCCACCUGACGCCACUUCAUAGUAUUGUUCAACUGAAACCAAGCUUUGGAUAUCUUGACAAGGCUGAUAGUAAGGUCAAGCAGGAGAAGAUGGAGGUUGAUGCUGGUGGAGACUCUCAGGAUGAAGAAGAGGUCAAGCCGGUCACUGUCCAGAUGGUCAGACAUGAAACUGACCAGGCCAAAGCCAGACGUCUUGCCUCCUAUGAGUAUCAUGCCAAAAAGAUGGCCGAGGAACAAUGGAUUCACAUCCAUCAUAGAGCUAUUGAUGAUUCCAGAUCAGAGAGAGAAAGGGAUCAUCUGUAUUGCCAGGCCAUGGAUAGUGAGAUCAAUCAACUGUCACUGCCUCCCAAAGAAUAUUUAUCAUCUUUAAUUCCUGAGAUGGAAGAAGAUGCCCUUACCAAACCAAACAUGCCUGUCAACAUUCUAUCUAUGUCACAACUCAAGACAAUGUCAUUACCAGAUCAAGUGAGGGCUCUCCUCAGAAAUGCCAAGGUAAUUCGUUUCUCGCAGUUGAUGAGUAUCUUACCAGGAAGUUAUGACCAGGUGUCUGUCUUACGAGCUCUUCAGAUGGUGGCAUUGCUGGUUCAAGGUUGCUGGGUCGUUAAGAGUGAGGUGUUGUACCCCAAGGAUACUUGUAGCCCCAUUAGUGGAGUAUCAUCUGAGAUCUUAUGUAGAGGAAGAGAUUAUGUGAUGUGGAGAUUUACUCAGAGUCGAUGUGUAGUAAGGAAAGAGGUUGCCUCUGUAACCAAGUUGCAAGCAGAAGACACCAAGGAGAUUCUUGAGCAGAUGGCCAAACCCAAGGUCAACCAAGGUUGGGAAUUCCUUCAUGAGUAUGACAAGGACUUUGUUGAUCGCUUUUCAGAAGUCUAUCAACGCCAGCUCAUGCUAUGGCAGGCUAAGCUCCAGCAGAUUUCAAAGGUGUUGAAAAUUCCCAAACAUGAAACAGAGAAGAAAGGCAAAGUGAGAAAUGAAGUUGAAAUCAUAUCUGGUUCUGAGCGAGUGAAGACAGCCCGUAGCAGAGCUCGUACCAAGUCAUCUUCGAUGUCAGACUCCAGCCCAGUUAAGUCAUCUUCAACUCAAAACACAGAUGUGGCAAAUCACGUCAUAGACUUAGACACUUUCACUCCUUCCCAGCAUCCGUCACGUAUACCUACAAUAGUAUCUCUUGAGGGAAAUACACACAUGAAUUCCGUUGCAGAGGGAAACAUCACACAAUCAUGCUCCACCAGCAAUACUCAAUCAACCAAUGGGGGUGCAAGGGCGCUGGGUGAUGAUGGUGGUGGUUAUGGGGAUUUGAAAACAGAACUUAGAACUUUCUUAGAUGAUAUCUUCCAGGAACAUUCCAUUUUGAGUGUGACACAGAUGAGAAAGCUUUUGAUGGGGAGAUUGACUGAAUGUACUCCAGGUCAUGUGUUGGGAUCAGGUGUCAGUGAUCAGCUGUUAGAAGAAUGUGCCAGCGAAAUAGGUGGAACUUUGCUUCAAGUUGCAUGGCCACCUCAGUAUAAUGAUAUUCAAGAUAAGAGAUUAUUUUGUAGGACAGCUCUAGGUGAAUCACAAGACAAGUUCCGCGGGGUAAUCCUUGAUCUGUUUCGAGAGAACUUCAAAGUGAGAAAGACCCACAUCUUGGAGCAGUGCAAAGAAAUAUUGGGCGAGGAACCGUCAAAUAAAGCAGAAUUUGAUAGGAUUCUCAAAAAUGUUUGCGUUUUCAAGAGCCCCCAUUGGUACUUAAAAGGAUCUAUACCACACUCAUGACGAACACCUAGAUGCUGAUUUUUAUUUUAAUAUCAAGUGAAGAUAGUGAUCAUUUUCUACGUAUAAUCAGCUCUUUAAUAUGAUUUGUUAACUAGGCCUUUUGGAGAUACAAUAGACUUGACCAUUCAUCAACCCCUUUGCCAAGGCGUAUAUGUUAUUUUCAUCUUCAAAGUCAAAUAUUGCCUUUUAAAGCCAAACAGAUAUUUGUGGUUCACCUUUUUUCACAUAGACUGUAGACUAAAUGUGCUUUAUUCUACAAGUGUUCAAAUUAAAAUAUACUCCAAAACAUGCUACAAGUUAGAGUAAUCAGGGCCAUUAUGUUCAUCUCUAGAAUAAAUGAUUAUGGAAUAAGACUCUAUGGCCUUUAUGUAGUUUACCUAUUGGUAGCCAAAUGUAAUGCAAAUCUUGAUGACUUGAUAGUCAAUUUCAAUCAAUUCAAAACUACCAACUAGUAUUGAUUUUCAGUAUUUAGAGAAGAAAACUGAUGGUUUCAUGCACAACACUGAUUAUGCAUAAUACCAGUUUAUGUGUUGCCCUUAUUGUAUUUCUUUGAAAAUACAUGUCGAUUACAAUAAAUUUAUUAAAUAAUAAGUUU